UGUCGCAUAGUUUACUUCAUAGCUUACGAUAUGUCUAGUGAGCUUGAAGCAGAAAGCGUGUAUGACAUGGUUGUAGUAGACCGAGAACAAGAUGUUGGUGUAGUAACACUGCAGUUAUUUAGGCUAUACACUCUACGUAAACUUGGUCGCCAUUUCAAACCAGUCAUACCCUUUGGUCCCCACCUCUUCGGAAGUGGAAAGACAAAAUUCGUACAAAAUUACUUGGAACUGGUGAAUAAUAUGGGUGAAAGUGCACUGAUAGGUCUCGAUUACGUUGGUGAGUCUGAGAAGGCCAACCGAAGAGGUUUCCUGGAGAAGCUGAAAAGGGCUUCAUUGCUCUUUGUGGAUUUGAAGGAGUUGAAGCCCACAGAACCGAAAGAACGAAACCUAAAGACUGAUGCUUUGGUCCAGAAAAUCCGGAAAACCUUAAACAUUCCUUCCGAUCAAUAUCUCCUGGUGGCAUUUGACGAAAUUGGUGUCCUUGACGAAAGUCUCGACGAAUUUCAUUUCAAGAGAACCAAUGACGGUAGAGUUCGACCUUACAAUGACUUUAUCGGUAUCAUUAGUCAAUUGUGCAAAGAACCCGACUUGUUUUUUAUAGUUGUUGGGAAAAGUGAAGGCUUAAAUAUAUAUAAUUACGUAGCUUCAGUCUCAAGAGUUCAGUUAGUAUUUAUUCCUCUUUCGCCGCUUGAGAAACAUAGUAUCGUGGAACACUUGGAGAAAAGUUCUUCCUUUUUAUUCACUAGGAGCCCAAAGGUUUCAGAAAUUCUUUGUCACAAAGACUUCUCAACUAGUGAACUUGCAGAAUUGUUGUUGGAAUUGACUGGUGGUGUUCCUGGUUUACUUGUUCGAGCAAUCAGUUACCUUUUACUGUAUAAAUCAUCCAACAACAAUUUCUCAUUAUCUAAGGAAACCUUCUUGAUCAUAAUGAAUGAUCUUUCAGUAACAAAUUAUUGUGUUGCGCCAUUCUUACCUCGUCUGAUAAGUCUCAGUGAGCAGCGUAAGCGCUUGUUAAGAAUGCUUACGUUAUUAUCUUUGUAUCGUAUUCGAUUUGAUUUUGAUGAAACUGUGCAAAUGAGCUCAAAUUCUGAUGUGUUUUUGUUUGAUCUAGUUACAGAUAUGUGUCUCUAUCGUCGAUUGGUUAUAGAACCAGACCACAACGAACGCUAUGAAGUGUUGAUACCCAAGUUACUGAUUGAAUAUAUUGACCAAGGCUUAAAGGAUGAUCGUUUAGAAUGGUUACUUUUACAAACCCUCAAGUCUCAAUCUGUUGAAUUCUUUUAUGAGUCGAAAUGUCGAAUUUUGGAAGGUCUUAUUGCUACACUGUUUUAUUUACAUUUUUCUCGGCAUCCUACAAACAGCUCAAUGUUGUCUACUCUUGGUCAAUUGUCUCGUGUUUGGAAUGAAAUGAAUUUACAAUUUUCUUCCGAAUCUGCUGCUUAUUAUAUGAAAUCUAUACAUUAUACCAGAACUGUAUCAGGAACAGAGAGAAUGACAUUUGGAAGCAAAUGAAUGGGAAAGGAUAGUGGAAGAAAUAUUAGAAUUUGAAAAGAUAUAUAUUCCAUUUCAUUCAACUAUUCCAUAGUCCAGAUAUAUUAUUCAAGUUGCAUGGAAGAACGAAUGAGAAGAACUUGAUGAUGGUGGGUAUUGCUUGUAAAGGCCGAUGGAGUCGUAAUGGUAUUCGAUGGAAUGAAAUUUUGGAAGAAGCUCACAAGUUUUAAAAACCAGUGCAUGAUCAAGUAUUGACUAGUCAUCCUACAUGGCAUUGUAUGUUGAUUAUUAUGAGUACUCAAGUAGCAACCAACGUAUCUGAGGACUUGAAUUAUUCUAGUCGUUGUUAUUCAUCUGGCGAUAGUGUUGAAGAUUUCGUGAUUCCUCACAACUGUGAAUUGGUUAUUCUUUCUGAAGCUGAUGUAGAAAACUUUAUUGGCAAAGACAUUUUAUCAAAUUUAAGGAACGCUUUCAAAUCUGUGGAUAAUCCACAUUCGAGAAAUAUUGGCAUUUCAACACUACAAGAAAUAGUUUCAUCUCUUUCCAAAAAUAUUUAGGAAUAUCUCGUUUUCGUUGUUUAGUGAAUGCUUCUUUGUUAUCAUUGAAACAUUUGAAAUUUAAUAUUUUGUAAAGGAUGUGGAGUGGCUUAAACUUUCUUUAUCAAAAGAUUCUGAAAUGAAUGGAGAUUACCAUAA